AUGAAUUAUUAGAAUCCUCUUUAAAGAACACCAAAAGCACUUUAGAUUAAAAUUGUAUCCCAUUCAUCCUUUACCUACUUAGCCUUCCCCAGCUUUAAGAACUUAAUUAAGUCCAACCCAAUUUUCUUCACCAAAACGCAUUAUUCCUGUCACCGAGAUUAUUCGCUUCAUUCCCAAUGAUCAACCUGGGACUCCUUAAAAAGAACCUGUUAAUAAGGCUGAAUUGAGUGUCCCUUAACUUUAGAGUUUCUUGGACGAGUUAUUGAAAAGAUAUGAUAAGUUAGCUUAAGAUCUCCAGAAGUCAACUCAAUAGGAAAUUCAAUUAUAAAAUGAUAUGAAUACUCUAUAAUAGGAUACAAAUAACAAAUUAAAUGAAGCUUAUACAGAAAAUUAAAUAUUAUAAGAAACAGUGAAGAAUAAGGAUUAGGAAAUCGCACUUCUAAAUGAAUUAAAUGAUAGAUUGAAAGAGUAACAUAAUAAAGAAAUCUAAGACUUGAAAUAAGAAAAUGAACAUGUUCUUGGGGUAUUGACAGAUAAAUUACAAUAAAUGAAUAUAUUUGCCAAAGAGAAAAUUUCAGAACUUGAAUAAACUAAGAGUUUGCUUUAAUUAAGAGAUCAAGAAGUUUUAGAAUGGAGAAGCAGAAAAAACAUAGCAGAUUCCAACACUUAAGAAAUUAGGUAAGAAAUUAUCUAUCAAGUAAUUUGAAAUCUAAGUUAUCCAAAUUAGAGUCAUAAAAUAAUCAAUUAAUUAAAGAAGCCUCAAAUUUGAAAUCAUAAUUAGAAUAAAAGGAGACUGAAAUCAAUGCUUUGAAAAAUAAGGUAAGAAUAAUUGUAUCCUUAGUUGCAAUAAGUAUAAUCUAUGAACGAUCAAUAACAACUAGAGGAAGAAUUGGAGUAGGCCAAAUAGGAAAUUAAGUACUACUAAGAAUAAUUGAUGUAAAAUGAGAAAAAUGAAAACUUGGGAGGUCUGGAUGAGCAAGAAGAAAAAAUAUAAGUGUUGGAAAGUGAAAUAAAACGAUUAAAUAAAUAGGUUUGCAUUUAGUUUCAUUAAAUAACUAGUUAAUUGAUAUGAGACAUGAAUUAGAGAAAUAUAGAGUUCACAAAUCAGACAAUGAAUUCUUAAAGAGUAAAUUGUCAACCCAGUAAAGUUAAAUCAGAGAUUCAAAAUUACGAGAAGCUUAAUAUUGA